UCCACCUGACCAAAUAGCUAUACGCUGAAGGACCAUGGUUCUGUAAAUAUCCAGGAAUUAUAAAUAUGAAAAGAAAAUAUGAAUUAAAUCGCAUUUGCGGAUUGAUGUUCUUGUGAAGUUCAUAUAUAACAUCGUAGUGGUCGAGAUAUAAUCAGGAGCCCUGUUAAUACCAUGUGGAAGUGGUACUCGGGAGACGAGUCAGCCCCUGCCCAAGGAGCUCCAGACUCCCAGGAAGGGAUGAACCACAAGUCAAUGGCUGAUGUAUGUGAACAGCUGGCACAGACAGAACAACUAGUUGUGCAGCUGAAAGAACUGAUCCGGGAAAAAGAUAAUGUCCUCCGUACCAAAGAUGAACAGAUUAAGAUGGAAAAAGAAGCAUGUGAAGCCAAACUUUCCAAAAUAAAACUCCAAAAUAAAGCCAAAGUUACCUCAUUAAAUUCUCAACUGGAAGAACUAAAGAAACAGCUGACACCAUCAGGAACAAAAGAAGCAACGGCAGGUCUCAAGAAGGCAACUGGAGAUGGGAAUCGGGAUCAUGCAGCAGCAAGCCGUGGAAAAAUCCUAGUGCUUAAGAAGAAAGUGGAAGAACUGGAAACCCAACUUUCUCAAUAUAAAGCAGAGUUGAAAAACAAGAAUGCAGAGAUUGAGACUCGGAGACAGCGUGGGUUUGAGAUAGAUGCCAUGCUUGCAGAGAAAGAUAAGAAACUUUCUGAAAAAGAGGCUUACAUCCUUGACCUCCAACUGAUAGCUUCAGGAGAGAACCCUGCUAGAGCAUUGUCUACACCAGCAGAAGAGCCAAAGCUGAUUGCCCAUGUUCAGCUGACAGAGAAGGAAAUUCCAUUGCAAGACCUUCAAACGCUUGUCAAGAAUCUUACGAAGAAAGUGGAGGAAAGUGAGGAGAAAUACAGCCUUCUAAAGGAACAGUCAGAAAGUCUGAAGGAACUUCUUGUUACGGAAAAGAAACAGUUUGAGGGGAAAGAAAAUAUGUACAAGGAAAAUAUCCAGACAUUCAAAGAUAUUAUUAUGGAAAAAGAAAAUAAUCUUGUUGAACAAUACCAGAAGCAUGAACAUGAGCUUUUUAAGCUGGCAGCAAAAUCUGAUGCUAGUGCCGAACUGGAACAGUUGCUGAAGACCCUCAAACAGAAACUACAUGAGAAGGAGGAAGUGCUGCUUGGAAGAACCCAGGUUGUAGAUGUGCUGCAGACGGAGUUGGACACCAGGGAUCAGCAAAUUAAGCGUCUUCAAGUGGAAAAAGACAACAUGCAAUCCAAGCUAGAUGCUGAAAAGCAUAUAAUGAGAGCCCAGCUGAGAGACCUAAUGCAGAAACACGAGACAGAGCUGAAACAUGUCAGGGAAAAGCACGAAACUGAACUGUCUGAGAAAGAGCAGGCUUACCAGCAGCUCCAGAAACAACUUGUAGAGGUUAGAAAUCACACGGAAGCUGGGGCACUGGCCAUGGACAGCACUGUGGAUGCUGGUAGCAGUCCGAGGAUUGCAGAGUUGGAAGUACAAGCAAAGUUGAAAACUGAGGAGGCCAGCAAAUCUGAAACCAAGUUCCUCAAAAUGAAAGCAUGGUCCAAAUCCAGGAUCAAACAGCUGGAGGAUGAACUCAAAAAAGCUAAGUCUGGACCCACAAGCUCAGAUAUUAAUACCUUAAGAAAUAAACUUGUUGAGCUUGAAGAAGAAAGAGAAGAGAUUCUGCAGAAACUGGAGGAGUAUGAAGAACUUAAGACACUAAAUGCUGAGCUACUGGCUAAACUUGAGAUCUAUGAAGAACAGCAAAGAAAGAUGCAAGCUGACCUGGAACAAGUUACUAAAAGAGCAGCUUCUCAGACCAGUGAAUCCGGCAGUGCAGACGAGCUGCAGAGCCAUGUUCUGAAGUGGCAGGAUAUGGUGUCUGAUGCCGAGGAUGUUCGUGACCAGGUCAGGGAGGAGAAAGCUGCAAUGGCUUUAAGAAUGACACAUCUAGAAGAGGAAAGGGAAGUGCUGGUCACUCGGCAGCAGGAGUUGGAGGAGGAGCUGGCGCAAACUCGAGGGCUCAGACCUAAAAAAGGAAAGCAGAAGCAGGCUGCUAACAGCUCUCACAAUCAUCUGCAGGAGGAUUUUGAAUUUGAUGGAAAGCAAUCUUAUCAGGAUCCCAACAACACUUUAGACAGCAGUGAUUUUGCUGAUGGAGAGAACAUGGGAGGUUGGUGGCCAGAGUACACUUCUGACAGUACAGGACUGAGGUCUGUGGUUGAAGAGCUGGAAUUGGAGAGGAACCAGCUCCAAGAGCAGAUCUUGACACUUGAAGAACGAUGUCAACAUCUUGAGGACAGGUUACAGCUUCAAGCAAGAAUAGAGUCACUACAGGUGGCGUUUGAUGUAGAUGAAGAGGGGCAGCCAUUGAGGGUUACCCAGAAUGAAAACGAACGUCUACAGGGCCAGCUAACUAAUCUGCGCAGUCAGCAUAACAGAGACACUGAAAAACAUCAGGUGCUGAUUUCUAGUCUACAUGAACAGCUAAAAGGAUUUAGAGACAGGGAAGAAGUUCUUCAGUCUUCCCUGAUUGAGAAAGAGCAGACACUAAUGGAAACCUCUGAAAAGCUGGAACAAAUCAAAAACAUCAGAGACUCUUUGAAGGAGAAGGAAGUGCAAAACAAAGAACUCAAUGACAAGCUUCUGCAAGCUGAGCAAAAUGUGUCUGAAGUUACAGGGAAGUGUUGUACUUACGAAAAACUGUGUUCUGAACUGAAGACUUCUGUUGGAGACCUUACACACAGACUGAACUCUGCCAAGGAAAAGACUCAAAAGCAAGAUGUUGCCAUUGAAAUGCUUCAGUGUGACCUGGAUCAGACUAAUGAUGAACUUGACAAAUUAAAUUCCACCCAUUUGGAAGAACGUGCUCAGCUGAUUCACGACCUUCAAAGCUGCGAGAGAGAGAUUGAUAGUCUUAAAGAUGUUCUCUUGCAGAAAGACAAAGAAAUCGCUGCCCUUUCCAACAGUAUGACUGAGUACCUUGAUCAGGUUUUGCAGCUGAAACAACAAAUGAAAUACAAAGAGGAGGAGAUGGGUGGAAUGGAGACUGCUUUGGGGAAGGCAGAGAGGCAGGCUCAAAUAAUAAGAGAGUCCCAGUCUUCAGAUGAGCAGGCCAUGAGCACCAAGCUUGCCUCUCUUAUGGAACAACUGAAAGAUAUGGAGAUGGAACUGAGCAACAUUAGAGAGCAAAAUAAAGCUAAAUGCAGUGAGGUUGAAGAACUUGUAAAACAAGUUCAUGAUGAUAAUGGAAUUAUUCAGAACCUACGAACCGAUAUUCAAAAGCUGAAUGUUACUCAUCGCACUCAUCUUGCAGAAUGUGAGACUCAGUUAUCUUCUCUGAAAGAGCAGGUUACUGUAUCAUCUCGGAGAUUGCAGGAGGUAGAUACCAAAAACCUUGGGGAGACAAAUAAGCUGGCUGCUCAGCUUGAAGAAACAAAUACUGCUUACAAGAAUCUCGAGAACAUGCUUCAGAAAAAAGAGCAGAGUUUUGAAACAGAACUGAAAUCUUUUAAGGAUGAAUGCAACAAGCUGCUUGCUGAGGUAGCAAGAAAAGAUGAAGAGCUUCUCAUAUUAUCCAAACAACUUGCAGAACAAAUGGAACACCAAGAAAUGGUUAAUUGGGCAGUGCAUGAAAACCUGGAGACUAUAUCCUGUCUAGAGUUAAAACUUAAGGUUGCUCAGCAGGAGGCAGAAGAAACUAAAUUGAAACUAAAUCUAAAGUUGCAGGUCAAAGAGACAGAAUGUGUACAACACAAGGAACAGCUCGAGGUAAAAUCUGAAUCUAUUUUGAAACUGGAAACAGAAGUGAAGACUCUCGAGAAUAAAAAUGAGCAACUCCAGACCACUCUUGAGAAAAAGGACAAUGAAAUUCUGGUUCAAACAAACCUUGCUGCUGAUUUAAAUGAAAAGGCUGCUGAUGUGCUGGGAAUAAAUCAGAAUCUGCAAUGUCAAGUGAAACAGCUUACUGAUGAGAGUGAAAAGCUCAAGAGAGAGCUAACUGACCAGGAGAGUUUGCAAUCAAAGCAACACAAUCUUGUUAGUGAGUUGCAGGAUAAGAUAUCUGCAAAUGAGCUCCACAUUUCAGAGUAUGAAAAGACUGUAGCAGUGAUGCAGAAAGAAAAAGAAGAACUUGUUAAGCUCUUAGAGCAGAAUCAAAAUGUGGUAGCUGAAAAGUUGGUGGAUAAAACAAGUGAAUGUAAUAAUCUUACUAAACUGCUUGCUAAGACCCAAGAAUCGGUUGCACAUUUGCAAGACCAGGUACAGCUUCUCACUUCGCAGAUAGCUCAGUUAAAAUGUAACAUUGCUGAAAAGGAACAAUCAGUUAUUGACGGAGUUACUAAAUGUGAAAAUCUACAAAGCCAGCUUGGGCAACUACAAGAAACUCUGCCUAUGCUUAAAGAACAGAAUCAUGCAUUACAAUCAGGGCUGGUUGAAAAGAACUUGUUACUACAAGAGAAAGUUACUGAAUGUCAUUCCUUGCAGAAACAAAUAAACCAGCAAAACAAGUCUAUUGUGAAUUUACAAAAUGAAGUAGAGUCCGUAAAAGAUGAAGGCAGGAAACUUACCCAGAGUUUGGAAGAAAAAGAAGUAGCGUUUCAAAAUAGAAUAUGUGAAUGUAAUGACCUGUUUGAUGAAUUAAAAAGGAAUAAUGAAGCUAUUGCUGUACUAAGUAGUCAAAUUGAUGUCAUGAAUGAAGAAUCUGUGAAACUGAAAUCUGAGAAUGAGGAUCUUAAAGCCACUCUGAAUAAUCGUAAUGUUGAUUACAGCAAACUUCAUGAACAAGCAACCCUGAGCAAAACUGAAGCUGCAGAGUUGCAGAGCCAGGUCCAAAUAUUAAAUGCAGAAAUUCAGGACACAAAAACAGAUAUAUUAGGAAAGUUGAAUGAAAUUGCUGUCUUCCAAUCAGAGUUAUCCAAAAAAGAUGAUUCUAUAGUUUUAUUAAACAAACAGUUGGAUGACAUGCAUACUAACGCAGAGAGCUUAAAUAUAAGUUUACAAGAGAAAACUGAAUUUUUGAAUCGGCAAGACUUGUUGAUAAAGCAGUUGCAGAUAAAGUAUGUGGAACAGGAAUGUCAACUGUCUGAGAAUAAAGCAGUAAUUGCUGAGCUACAGCCACAAGGUCAGGAUAUGCAGAAAGCAUUGCAGGAAAAAGAAAAGACCCUGAACAUGCAGCAAAAAGAAAUUAAACAGUUUAAGGAUAAGGCAGAAGAAUCUGAGCUGUUAAAAUCACAACUUAAUGAAUACCUGCAGAUGAUCUCUGAUCUCCAGAGUCAACUUAAAAUUGUGACUGAGAGGUCUGAUCAAUUAAAAUGCCGCAUGACCGAAAAAGAGGCAGUGCUGAAAAAAAAAGUUAUUGAUUAUGUUAGCUUAAAGGCCCUGUUUUCUGAUCUGGAAGAUACUGCAUCUCAGCUCAGAGUUCAGUUGGAGCAAGUAACUACCGAGUCAGAUGCAUUGAAAGAUACUGUUAAAGAAAAGGAGUCAAAUCUGAAAGUGAUUGAAGAGAGUUCACUGGUUCAAAAGGAGGAUUUCAUUUUAAAAUAUAAAAAUAAACAGGAUGAAUGUGAGAGUCUUAAAGACCAGCUCUCAACCUUGCAAGAGACCACUUCAGGGCUGAAUGAACACAUCACCACUCAGAGCUCUGAAAUAAACCAACUGAAGGAAACUAUCUUGAAAACAGAGACUUGUAUUUUGGAGCAAACCAAGGCAAUGCAGGAACUGCAAGACCAAGUGGAGGAAGCAAAACUUUUCAAAUCUCAGUUAAUGGAAAGCACAGAAUUAAUAUAUCAACUACAAAGGCAAGUGCAAAAGUUAACCUCGGAAUCUAAAAUGUUAGAUAAAUCAGCUGGGGAAAAACAGACAGCUUUCUUUCAUCUACAAGAGCAAUACACAGCACAGACUGAGCAGCUACGGGAAAUCAAUUCAGCUGUUUCACAAAAAAAUGAAGAGAUAUCUAGUCUUCACAGAUUGAUAAGUGAAAAGGGUAACAUUAUAAAGGUUGCAGAAAACACUUCAAGCACACUUAAAAAUGAAGUGGAGCAGCUCAAAGUUGAACUGGAGAAGAACAAGGUUUCAUAUGUUGAUCUGCAGCAAAAGAAGAAUGCUCUGGCUGCUGAGAUAGAGGUACAAAAAGCACAAAACAUUGAAGUUGUGGAACAGUUGAACAUAGCAAACCAGGCUGUGGAAGAAAGAGAACUUAUUGUACAGUCCCUCAGUAGCAAAUAUGCUAAACAAUUACAAAACAUAGAAACCCUAAAUUCAGAAAUUCUGUCUUUGAAUGAAAAAAAUUCAAACUUAAAUAAAGAAAUGGAGUUAAUGACUCAAAACCUACAACAGCAGCUGGAUUCAGCGGUCAGAGAAAAAUUGGUUCUGAAACGAGACAUUGACAGAACCAUUGCAGAGAAAGAGGAACUUACCAAGAACUACAACAACCAACUGCAGAAAAAGAAAGAUGAAUUGCAGAAGCUUGAGCAACUGGUGGCUAAUCUGAAUGAAGCAGGGGAACGACUGAAGAAUGAGAGAAAACAACUUCAAAUGCAGUUACAAGAGAUCACUAGCCUGAGGGCUGAAUGUAUGGAGUUGCCCCAGGUGAGAAGUAAAGCGGCUGAACUUCAAAAGGCCCUGCAGCAAGCUGAUGCCUUCAGACUGCAAACCGAGCAAGACGUUGGGGCGUACCAGACAGAGCUUGCAGAGCUAAGGACUGAGAAGAACCUGCUUCUCACAGAAUCCCGGCCCCUCAAGGAACAGUACUUGAUAAUGGUUGCAGAGAAAGACAGAGAGAUUUCUGAACUGAAGAAACUCUACCCUGAAGAAUCCAGGAAAUCCAGUGGUAUUUAUCCCAUCAAGACCGAAAGUGAUACUUUGGUGGCAAACGAGGAUUCCUCAGAUCAGGUGAAGCUUCUAUUAACAGAACGCAUCCAGCUUCAGAGUGACUUGCAGCGUUGCCUACAAGAGAUUCACCAGAGAGACCUGCGCUUUCAGCAGCUGAACGGCAAGAUGAUGCAGACCAUAGAAGAGAAAACUAACCUGACAACCCAGCUGAAAGCUGUUACUCAGACUCUGCGUGAUACUCAGUUGCAUCACAAUGAGCUGCAGAACCGAUGUUAUUGGCUGGAGAGGCAACUGCAGAUACAGGCUGCCUUCCAGGGCCAUGUACAAGGAGAAGUGGCUGCAGAGGUUCCUCCAGGAGCACCACAGGAAAGAGCCAGUGCUGUAGUAGAUAUAGAAAGCUUGGAAGUUAGUGAGCUGAGGAAAAGGCUCACAGAUACAGAGCAGCUGUACAAUUCCACCCAACAAGAGCUUUCCCAGCUUGGAGAGUCUCUCUCUGAGGAGCAGGCGAGGCGAAAAGCAGCAGAGGAGGCUUUAGGGCUGGCUGAAGAGAGAGUUCAAAGUUCCAGAUCUGCUGCAAGAGAGUACAGUAUUCAAUUGGAAUCGGGUGACGAAUGUGAUGCACUAAUAGUAGACCCCACUGAACAUGUUGUAGUACGCAAGAUGAAAGGAGGAGCACUUUCUGUCAAGAGGUGGCUGCGUGGACGUAGUCUGUAUUGCUCCAAGCUGCUGACGUCCAGAGCAAAAUCUCGCUACCUUUUCCUCACUUACCUGUUGGCAUUACAUGUUGCUGUCUUCAUGUGCCUGACCGGAAUUCUGUAAACACUCUCAAACCAGCAAAAACACUGAAAUUAAGGAAACUGUAUGAUUGGAUUGUUGUGCCAUAAUGUAUUUACAUGUUUAAGCUAUGCACUGAUAACUGCUGUUAUAUUUAUUCAUAAAGCAGUUCGAUAGGGCAGCCAAAAAGAGUAUAUCGUUUAAGGGUUUAUGUAUAUUAGGUUGUAUCCCCAUGGUCUAGUUUCACAGAGCCUGAUUAGCUUUAAUCUUGCACUACCUAAUAUUGCCUCAAGAUUGGUGGUAACCAAGGGCUGUAAAGCCAGCCGCUUAUGUUACAAAGUUCAUUAUAUAUUUCAAAUCAAAAUUGUUUACAUCAUAAAUCACUUUUAAGAGCACAUAUAUGCUGUAAGCUUAUUGCAGCUUGUGCUGUUAUAUUUUAAUGAUCUGUAUAUAUUGUGUGAUUGUGGAAAAUCAAAGGUAACACUAAGUACUGCUGAGUGGAUAUUUUCAAUUUGGGUUUUAUUUUUUAAACAAGUAAAUGGUAGUUGCACUGUUCAUGUUGGAAACAAUGUUCCACUGCCUUUUUGCAAGAGGAUUUCAGCGUGCAGUGUAGUUUGGCAAUGUAUUUGCUUUCAUGUGAAUGAUAAGAUUAAUUUUAAUAAAGUUAUUUGAAAACAG